AUGGAGGCGUCCCAGAGCAGCGAGGCCAACACCUCCCUCCUGCUCCGCGAGGCCACCACCUCCAUCUCUGCGCCCGCCGAGCUCGCCGUGAUCCGGCUGCUCCAGGGCUCGGCACGCUCGCCCGAGGACCUGCUCUUCACGGCGCAUGACCUGCUGCGCCUCGGGCUGCUGACGGGCGACACGGUCCGGGCGCUCUGCCUGUCGCUCGGCCUGUCGGACGAGCCGCUCGCGGCGAUGCUCGGCAGCCACGCGGCGGCGGGCGCCGACCCAAAGCACACGGCACUCAUCGCCGCGCCGUCGUCGCGGCUCGCGAGCGAGUUUGUGCUGCUCCGCAAGCUCGGCCACGGCGCGAUGGGCUCUGUGUUUCUCGCGCGGCACCGGCUCGACGGCGCGCAGUACGCGGUCAAGAUCGUUCCCUUCUUCGCGAGGCCGAGCCAGCCGGCGCAUGCGCUCGCGCAGGAGGCGGAGCGCGUGCUGCGCGAGGUGCAGGCCCUCUCCCGCCUCAACCACCGGAACGUCUGCCGCUACUACAACGCCUGGCUGCGGCUGCAGCGGCUCGACCACCGACGGUUGGGGCGGUGA